CGCGAACACAAAUCCAAAUUUCCCGACAUAGUGUUUCCAGUGUAAAUGUACCAUAUGUUGCCAUCGAUGGGCGUUUAUGUAAUACCGGACGAUGGAAAAAGUCCAAGAACCCAGUAACUGUGAAUGUUAUACGUCAUCAUCAGUACUCUUUAGAAUCCACAAAAAGAAAACUUCUCAGGUAUGUCAGCCCAGAACUUAUCCUAAGGUGGAGAGAUGCCACUCCCCAACAUUUUGAGGAGAGCUUCCAGUUAUAUCCUGGGAGUCCAGACAGGGACCCCUUCACCACCUUCCUUUACUGAUGGGGAAACUAUUUUCUGUAAGAACAACGUAUGUGUGCAUCCACCAACUCUUCUGCGCCAGGCAUGUGACAUUGUGCACCAUCCUGGCUACCUCACCAUUACAUGUCAGGAGCAGCAGCAACAGAAUGGCAGUAUGAGGCCCACACUGCAGUUGACAUGGAUACCAAACACCACACUGCGACGCAACCCAUGGACUGUUGAGAAAUCCUGUUCACGGCUUACACAUUCUGUUCGAACAGAGGAACAAGGAGCCACUCCAGUUAUAGUGACAUCAUACCGAGAGAACACUUGCAGUGAAGAGAUACAGAUUGCACCUAAUUAUCAGCGUCAGAGCUCAGCAGACAGUAGUAGUAGCAGCUGUAGUAACAUGACACAACAGUCUCAUGAGACCAAACCUUGUGCUACCCUUGAACAAAUAUCUCCUUCUGAGCAAUGUACAAACGCUAUCACAAUCUCAACACAUUGCUCAGACAAAUCUAGACACUACUGCACAGAAGAGACAUCACACACAGCACAGGUGUGUACCACUGACAACAGAAGUCGCUCAACUUGCAGUGGGCAACAACAAAAAUCAAGACCACGAUCACUAGAAUGCAAGAGGAAACUUAGUGGUCAUGAUGGUGGUCUGCUUGGGGUGGCAGAAACAGACAGUGAUCAGGGUCACAGUACAGUUGUCAGUCCUGUUAUCAGUGUAGAAGAGAACCAGGAUUAUGAGACUGCAGCCAUCCCCAGCAUAAGUCAAAUAAGUCGUUCUCCGUCCCUCACGUCUACCUGCAGUUUGUCUCUUCCCCUUAUUGUUGCAGGAGCAGGUGGAGACGAUGUCCCACCUUGGAUGAGUUCACCAGAGUUGCUGGCCCUACAGCACAAUCUAACUUUUCCUGAGAGUGCCACUGCAUCUCCCAUUGUUCGUCGCACACACCGCUGCCGGCAGUUCUCUGUAGACCUCAGUCAGAUGAGAUCACUUCGGCUGUUCUUCAAUGACAGCGCGUGUACAUGUGGGCAACUGGUGGUGGCAUCAAGGGAAAGUCAGUAUAAGAUCCUGCACUUCCAUCAUGGAGGAUUAGAUCGGUUGGCCACUGUGCUCCAGGAUUGGAAUUUCUUGCUCCAAAGUCCACAGCCUAGUGCAGCUGACCAGUCGCAACUCCCAUAUCGUCACUUCAUGGUUUGCAGACCAGAAGUGAGCCAGGAUGAGUUGCAUCCUGAGGAAGGUCUGGUACCUCCUGUGGGACAAGAAGAAUGGCUGAGUCUUCUCAAUGAGGAUGGACAACUGGAGGAUGACCUCACACUCAGAAAGGGCAUCUUCUUUGGAGGGCUGGAGCCAAGCAUGAGACGCAAAGUAUGGCCCUUCCUCCUUCACUGCUUUACCUUCCAGUCAACAUAUGAAGAGCGUGAGCAGAUACUUGAAAUUCGUCAUCAAGAAUAUCAUGAGAUAACUCGCAGACGUUUGGAGAUGGACACAGAGCAGCAACAAAACUUCUGGCGCAAUGUUCAGUGCAUUGUAGAAAAGGAUGUUGUACGCACAGACAGAGGCAAUCCUUACUUUGCUGGCGAGGAUAACCCCAACAUUGAUGUUAUGAAGAAUAUCCUCCUCAACUAUGCAGUUUAUAAUCCAGGGUUUGGAUACACUCAGGGCAUGUCAGAUCUGCUUGCUCCCGUGCUCGCGGAAAUACACGGUGAGUCAGAUGCAUUUUGGUGCUUCGUGGGCCUCAUGCAGAAAGCCAUCUUUGUCUGCACACCAACUGACAAUGACAUGGACAGGAAUUUGAGUUAUCUGAGGGAACUCAUCCGUCUUAUGGUACCUCAGUUUUACUCCCACCUUGAGAGUCAUGACGAUGCCAUGGAACUCCUUUUCUGCCACCGCUGGAUCUUACUAUGCUUCAAGCGAGAGUUUCCAGAAGCAGAAGCUCUGAGGAUGUGGGAGGCAUGCUGGGCAAACUACCUCACGGACUACUUCCAUCUCUUCCUUUGUCUCGCCAUCAUCAGCAUCUACUCAUACGAUGUUAUUGCACAGGAUCUUCGCACAGACGAAAUGCUUCUUCAUUUUAGUUCUCUAGCCAUGUUCAUGGAUGGUGAACUCAUCCUCAGAAAGGCACGGGGUUUGCUGCACCAGUUCCGUCAGAUGCCACGAAUCCCAUGUACUCUGGGCAGCCUGUGCCAGUUGUGUGGACCAGGAAUGUGGGACUCUACUCAUGCCCCUAUAGUGGAAUGUAUUGGCCAGCAUGCCGAGGGUGAACCGUGUCCACAUCGUGGGUCACAGCAUCAGUGACAGCUGUAACUAAGGGAUGCUGUAUUCAUGUUUGACCUGUUUUCAUAUACAUUCAUGAUGGAAAGAUUAACUGUUUAAGGACUGGCCUAUAUGGACAACCCAGUUCUAGCUCAAUCACCCACAUUCCAGUAGUACACUGCUCACAGUACAUGAACUGGGACAGGAUCUGCAAAUGCGAUUGCAGAAUGAAGUCUUGUAUACGUAUAUGUGGAAAGAUAAUGUCUCACUGUUAGCAUCGUAAGAGUGUUACAAGUGUUAACCUAGUUCAGUUGAAAUGUGAUGUCAACAUUCUUAUCCUCCCUGUGCUUUGUAUGGAGGCAUAAUAGCUUUCCUAGUUACAAAUUCAACCUGUACCACCAUGUCUAGAACUGUUGUGACACAUAUCAGCCUCUUAUCCAGUUGGUACUUUGAGACAUACAGAGCAUUUAAUAUUCAAAUAUCCUGACUGAGAAGAAACUCAUAUUGUAUUAUUUGUUAAUACAAAAUACUAGGUAAAUUAUCUCAGCAAGCUUGCCAGUUCAUUUGCAUGUAUUUCAUUGACAAUUUAAUAUGUUUUUGGAUGGUAGCAUGUAAAAAGGCCGUAAACUCACACAGACAUGAUUUUCUCUGAUAACUGGAUGUUAGUAUAUUUAGCCUACUUCCCUUAUUUUCAAAAAAUUAAAGUUGGCUUAUGAGAUCUCCGUGCUAUCCGUGUGUGUGUGUGUGUCUAUAUGUGUAUCCCUCCUAACAACUUCUGAAAGCCUGAACUGAUCUUUAUGAAUCUCAAAGUAGGCAAUUAGUUCUUCCUACAACUUCCUGUUUUACGAUGUGACUAGGUGUUAGUAAUGCUGACAGGGUAUUUGAAAGGAAAUUUAUUCAAGGAUAUGCAGUGUGGAAGGCCACAUAUACCGUAUUUACGCAUGUAUAGGCCGCGUGCAUGUAUAGGCCGCAGCACAAUUUUCAGACAA